CAAAAUGUCAGCGCCCAUAAAAUUCAAAAUUUUUUGAAUUUGAUUUAUUUUCUCAUGUUUUGGCCGAUAAUAUCAUAACAUCGCAGAUUUGUAUACUGUUAGGAAUACAGCAAGAUGGCGGAUUAUGAUUAUGACCAAGAAAAUAUGUCAGAUGAUGAAGGAUGGAAUGGGGAACAAGAGGAGGAAAAUAAUGCUAUGAUUCAGCAGGAAUGUAUCAUCAGUUUCUCCUCCCCUGACUUUAUCAUGGAGCCUGAUGUAUUUGCACAACUACAGAGGUACUUCAAGUAUGGUGGUGUCCCAGAGAAAGUUGUUGAGCUCCUCUCUGACAACUAUACAGCCGUAGCACAGACUGCUAACCAACUUGCAGAGUGGUUGAUACUCACAAGAGUUGAUAUUAAGGAGGUCCAGGAGAUGGUAGAAGAUCAUUUAAAGACAAUGAUACUCAAACAUUUUGACCCAAAGAAGGCUGAUUCCAUUUUUACAGAUGAAGGAGAGACUCCAAGCUGGCUUGCUGAGAUGAUUGAGUACCCAACCUGGAGGUCCUUAUUUUAUAAACUAGCCGAGGAAUAUCCAGACUGUCUUAUGUUGAACUUUACAAUAAAGUUGAUCUCAGACGCGGGUUAUCAGGGAGAAAUCAGUAGUGUCUCUACCGCAUGUCACCAGAUAGAAGUUUUCAGCCGGGUCUUACGAACAUCCAUCACAAACUUCCUUGAUGGAGGGGAGGAGGCCAUUGAGAAAAACUUUGGAGAAUUUACAAAAAUGGUGUGCCAUGGUGAACACACCUACCUUUACAGUCAAGUAGUCAUGCAGAUAUUGUCCCAGGAGACCAAGGGAGGCUCAAAUAUCAGAAGACUCUGUCAGGAACUACAGAAAAGUGCCAAAGAAAAAGGUCUAGAUGUGACCCCCAUCACAAUGGCUCUGUGUGGGGCUGCUAGGUACCCAAGGGCUUGCCAAGCCCUCUCUUCAAUGCUCUCAAGGAAUGCACUUAAUCCCGCUGACAUCACAGUUUUAUACAAAAUCUAUAUUAGCCAUGACCCACCCCCUGUAGAAUUACUGAGAUCUCCGCAAUUUUUAGAAAUGUUUACAGAAUGCUUAUUUAAGCCAGGGUCAAAGCUGAACCCAGACCACAAACAGAAGUACAUAUUCAUAUUAGCAUAUGCUGCCUGUGUAUUUGAAACAUAUAAAAAGGGUACCCGAAGGCAUGUGAAUAAAGAUGAAUUAAAAAGUACCCAGAAUGCAAUAGAAAAAGCAAACAGAUUGUGCAGUGAAAAUAAAGGAUCAUCAGAACUUGUAGCAGAUGUUAGCAUAUUGUUUAGUGUCAUAAAAUUUCCAGUGGUUGCUAUGGGUGUUUUACGCUGGAUUGACUACAUUGUCUCGGAGCCUAGCUAUUUUAACCUCCAAACAGACCACACACCUUUACAUCUGGUUCUACUGGAUGAGAUCUGUACCUGCCAUACUAUAAUGCACCAAAAAGUUCUGGAACUUUUGAUACGAUUAUUCGAAGGAGCAUAUGAAGAACUAGAUGUGUUAGUCAGAUUGGAGUUGAAAAAGACAUUGCUGGAUAGAAUGGUACAUCUGUUUAGUCGUGGUUGCGUCUUCCCUGUCGUCUCAUAUAUCAAAGCAUGCUGGGAAAAACAAGACACUGAUGUUUCAUUGAUUCGGCAUUUUGUGACCGAGAUAUUAGAUGUUAUAGCUCCUCCUUAUACUCAAGAGUUUGUCCAGUUGUUACUGCCUCUCAUAGAAAAUGAAGACAUUACAGGAUCUCUGCGCAAUGAUGAAGGAUCUGAUCCUGUCUCUGAAUUCUUAAGUGACUGUAGACGCAAGCUGAAUAUGAGGACAGUAGCUAUCUGCGUAUUUUUCCUUACGUUAUUGGUUGUUAACAAUGAAGCAAAACCUGCGCCUUUUCCGCGGGGUUUAGGUAACUUAACAAAAUCGCAUUACAACAAGAGAUCUCCAUUUGGUUCCCUCGAUUACAAUACAAAAAAGAAAUUGUUCAAGAGGACAUUGGUCGACGAUGAUGGACACCCAGUUGGAAAGACCUCUGAUGGUAACAGCGGAGAAAAGAAAUAA